AUGGAUUUCUACGACGACCCUCUGAUACCGGUGACCGUCGCUGUACUCGAGGUACCAGGAGUACGCAGCGAAGACCUGCAGCUGCGUAUCGACCGCGGCGUCCUUCAUGUUAUCGGUCGGCGGCGUCCCAGAUAUCGCCUGAAUCAGCCGCCGCUGCCUGGCCAACCCGCCGUCGAUGGACCGCCUGUAGCCUUCCACACGCAGGAUCUGUACUAUGGGAUCUUCAGGCGCCAAAUUCUCUUGCCGCAGGGAUGUACGCCUGAGGACGUUUGUUCGCAGCUCGCUGACGGGCAUCUUACGCUUUGGUGGCCGCGCGUCAUUAACAGGAGGCCGGCAGAGGCUCAGCCUCGUACUGCGGUCGCGACUACUGACUCAUGCGUGGAAACGGAAGCGGAAGUCCCUCAGGCGUCCGAGCAAGGGGAAGAAAAGGAGGCUGCAGCUGACCCUGCGCCCAAGGCUUCUGAGCCUGAGCAAGCUGAAGCCGAUGAAGCGACGCUUGUUGACUCGCAGGGUGUUAUCCCUGCGACGGGUUAG